AUGUUAAAUUAUACGGAUUCAAAAUAUGCAGGCGAUGAGCGUCAACCGCACGUGUCGAUGGAGAAAGUCGACGCUCAUUCUCCGCCAGAGACCUGUCAACUCAUGACCCAAUCAGGUAUCGCCAAAGCCAAGCUUCCAUGGGCAGACCUCAUCGUCAAGUCUUUUUUCGGCGGUAUCUUCAUCUCACUCGGGCCUCUUUUUGAUCUUGUCGUCGCAGGUGGAGCUCCAGGUCUACGAGAGUCAAACCCAUCUCUCAUCACCCUUCUGGCCGCCUUCACAUUCCCCAUCGGAUUUGUCCUCGUCAUUCUCACCAACGUCGAACUUGUAAGGAGUAACAUGACCGUUAUGAUGUACACAACCUUGCAAAGAAAGACGAGUGUAUACGAUCUCUUGAAGAACUGGGUUGUCUGUUACAUCUUCAAUCUGGCGGGUUGUCUCUUCUUUACGUGA